UCAUGUGCUUUUGUAGAAUUUUAUUCUCAAGAUAUUUAUCGGCAAGUACUCCAGCAAAGAGAGAUUUUUGUUCCCGGUUUUGGAGAUGAAACUGUUGUAGUCGAAGAACGACAAGAACGUCGCAGGGACAAUAAUAGCCGAUAUCGCAAUCGGCAGAACGAUGACAAUUAUCAACGUAAUUAUAGUCAAGCUCUAUACAAUACACAUAACGGAAUGAGUUCACAACGUAGAGGUAAUGAAUAUCGAAUUGAAAGAAACCCCAAUUUUACCCUUUAUGUUAAAGUUGGUAAGGAGCGAAUAGACCGCGACGCACUAUGGAGCGCGUUUAGUUACUUCGGACCUGUAAAAAAUCUCGAUGUUGUGCCUGCUAAGUCAUGUGCUUUUGUGGAAUUCUAUUCUCAAGAUGCUUAUCAACAAGCACUUUAUCAAAGACAAAUUUCUGUUCCUGGUUUUGGAAAUCAAACUGUUGUAGUUGAAGAACGACGAGAACGGCGCAAGGAUGAUAAUAACCGAUAUCGCAAUCGGCAAAGACAGUGGUGA